AUGCCUACAGAAAACGUGAUUCGACCCUCGUUAUCGAGAAAAAACAGUCGGCUAUCACUGUUGUCGUCGUUGUCGUCACUGCAUACAAACAUCAUAUGGCAUCAUGACAUUGUGGUAGAGCAACAGCCACCUUCGGGAAAGGCAGUGGCCCAACGGCUAAGUCCAGGUGAUAAUCCCACAGCGCCAAUUCACCAUGACCUCUUUGAGGCACCUCAAUCUACCGAAUCGUCCAGAUCAACUUCAAGCUUGAGCGCAAGCUGCAGUCCCAGUUCACCGUUAACAAUGCCUGUCGAUCACAGGAAUCUGUCUGCAAAAUCACCUUGCUUUGUGCAUUCACACCUAGAUAAAGGAGCAUCAGUACAGGACUGGCUUGAUGUUCAUGCAAAGGAUAAAGAGGUACUAGGAUCGGACGUCGGUGUCGCCAAGGCUCUUCAGCAACAUCAUCAGCCUCAACACCACCUUGAAUUUCCUUACGCUGAUGAGCUCUCAGAAGAUGACGAUGGCGAUACAUAUGGCGGCAAUCUGACGAAACAGCUGGCAGAGACGGCGGUCGGGGUUCGUGAAAUGAGCAAGCAACUCGGGCGUGCUCGAAUAAAAUCCAAUAUCCAGAGCGUCCUCAUCGUAACCAAGGCCAGGGAUAACCGCCUUAUCAACCUAACACGCGAGCUUGCAUUAUACCUGAUGCUCAAACAUCGCCAAGGGGGUCGAGGCCUUAUUGUCUAUGUAGAUCAUCAACUGCGCAAAUCCAAGAGGUUUGACGCCCAAGGCUUACAGAGAGAUCAUCCAGAAUUGUUUGAGCCUCUCCCACGAAGACGGUCGUCCAGCAGCAAUUCUCUCUCUUCCUUGACAUCGUCAUCCGCUCAUCAAGAUGAUUUCAACACUCCCCAGGAGGGUCAGCUACGAUACUGGACUAGUGACAUGUGCAGAAAUAGUCCACAUCUGUUCGAUUUUGUCAUUACGCUCGGAGGAGAUGGCACUGUUCUUUUCACGUCAUGGCUCUUUCAGCGAAUUGUUCCUCCCGUUCUCUCUUUCGCACUCGGCUCCCUCGGCUUUCUCACUAAUUUUGACUUCGCUGACUAUCAAGCGGUUGUAGACUCAGCCAUCGACUCGGGUAUUCGUGUCAACCUACGCAUGCGAUUCACUUGUACCGUCUACCGUGCUGUAUUCGACAAGGGAAAGUGCCGCAAGGCCGUGAAAAAGGGUGAAACAGGUGAAAUCAUGAUGAAGGACGUAAACAAAGGAGGAUGGGAGGCACUCGAAGGUGGUUGGUCUGGCGGAUUUACCACCUCGGAGGGUGGCAAGUGUUCGAAGGACAAAGAGAUCAUGUGCUUUACCACAAGGCCAGUCGAGACGUUUGAGGUCAUCAAUGAUCUUGUGGUAGACCGGGGACCCAGUCCCUAUGUCAGCUUGCUUGAAUUAUUUGGCGACGAACACCAUAUGACAACCGUGCAAGCCGAUGGGCUUUGUGUAGCCACGCCCACCGGUUCUACUGCUUAUUCGUUAUCUGCUGGAGGGUCAUUGGUUCACCCCGAGAUACCUGCAAUACUUAUCAGUCCUAUCUGCCCUCACACACUAUCGUUCCGUCCCAUGCUUCUUCCCGACAGUAUGGAGCUUCGCAUAUGUGUCCCAUAUAAUUCUCGUAGCACAGCUUGGGUCUCUUUCGACGGCCGGGGCCGUGUGGAACUGCAACAGGGCGACCAUAUCAAAAUAACUGCUUCCAAAUACCCUUUCCCGACUGUUUGCGCGGAUAAACAGUCGACUGAUUGGUUCCAUGCCAUCUCACGAACCCUAAAAUGGAAUGAACGCGAGCGUCAAAAAUCGUUUGUCGUAGUUGAAGAGGGCCCGUCACAGAAAUCCAGCACGGGGAAAUCGAGGAGGCCUAAAAGUAUGAAGCAGGAUGAUAUAAUCGAUGAAAUUUUGGAGGAUGAAGAGGAAGAUGAGACGUCUGACGAUGAAGAUGACAAAUUUGAUAUCGAUGACUCUUCUCCCGAGGCUUCCACCAUUGGACGCACUGGUACCCACAUUCCGAACGGGUUAAAUGCUACAGAUGCUUCAGUCGGUAUUACAAAAGCUCGUGAGGAAAUGGACUCCCAGACAGAUGAAGAUUUGGUCUCAACACCGCAAUUGGCUGCGCUUGCACUCACUCAAGGACGUCACCUCAAAUCAUCUCGAUCGGCCAAAUCACGUUCGCGUUCAAGGUCGGGGUUGCGUUCUGGUGUUGAUACUCCAGGACGGUUCGCCGGACCUGCACAUCGUCCGCCUCAUAUCAAUCCUUACCACAUGGACCAUCAAUUAAGGACGCCUUCCCCCGCACUUUCAAAUUCUUCAGAUGACUCGUUGUCGACUAUGGAUGUAGCUCAACGUGGUGCUCGGGAUGAUAUUCAUUCUCGGGAGCAAUAUUCAAGUGGUCGUAGUCGUAUUCCCAAAGACAGGGAAUUCGACGACAAUCUUCAGACUCCCACCAUCACAGAUACACUCUCGGGUCAUAGAAAUCAUCACCGAGUAGAUUCGAGGGAUUACGACCAACAUCAUCCCCGCGCUUUUGCUGUCUGGGGCAACGAUGAGUCCGACAGUAAUGCAAGUGACAGCGAUCCUUGA